AUGCAGACUGCUUCUACAAACAUUGGUGAAAGAAUGGGUCGCUCUCAGGAGCUCAGUGACUCCAAGUGUGGUCCCGUGAUAGGUGGCCACCUGGGCAAUAAGUCCAUCUGUGACAUUUCCUGGCUACUAAAUAUUCCACGCUCUACUGUUAGUGGGAUUAUAACAAAGUGGAAGCAACUGGGAACAACAGCCACUCAGCCACCAAGUGGUAGGCCACGUCACAUGACAGAGCGGGGUCACGCACAAGUACUCAACUGUCUGCAGAGUCAAUAGCUAAAGACCUCCAAACUUCAUUUCCAGUGAAGGGAACUCCUAAGGCAUACCAAGACAUUGUGGACAAUUUCAUUUAUUAACUUUAUGGGAACAACCACUACCUGUUCCAACAUGACUGCGC